AUGAUCAUCCUUAGACAUAACAGCUUACUAGCAGACGAUCUAUUUGCCAUCGAGACAAUAAUGCUCAAGAUAUCAGAUAACCCCUAUCAGUACGCCUUGGACUACUCGUUACAUGGAAAACCUCGCAGUGAAGUCUAUGGCUUCAUUGCUGGCAUUUUUAAGCGUAUAGGCGUAUGUCAAACACUGGGCACCACUACAUCGGACUUUCUCGACUUGCUCAUCGACAUUGAAAGAGAGUACAACGAUAAUCCCUACCAUUCAUUCUAUCAUGCUGUUGAUGUAGCCAUGGUCUUGUAUCAUAUGCUGGAAGAAUAUGGCAUGUCUGAAUAUCUGAACCCAUUCGAUCUGGCCAUGUUGAUGCUGGCAGCACUGUUUCAUGAUAUUGGACAUCCCGGCAACAACAACAACUUUGAAGUAUCUUGUCGCACAGAAAGAGCUUUGCAGUACAAUAACCUAUCUGUGUUGGAAAGCCAUUCUUCCACCAUUGCAUUGCAACUUCUCGAAAAGCACAACUACCUAAGACACGUUGAGAGCAAAAGCCGAGAAUAUGGAUGCCCCAUGACCCAAGAAGAGUUCAAAUCAUCCAUAGUUAAAAUGAUCCUCGCCACUGACAUGGUCUGUCAUUUCACACUCAAAGACAACAUUGCCAUUUUACGUGAUAAAAUCGAAAGCUCAUCUCAAAUGCAGCAACUCUUUCAGAACACUGUAUCCAUCGAAUCAACACUAAAGCCAUUAUUCAGUGCUUGCAACGAUCCGUUUGAAUACUUUAAAUCAAAUUAUUUCAGUCAGACAACCACGGCAGCAACUACCACCACGACUACAGCGGAUAACACGACAGUGCUGAACAAGAACGAACGACUCAUGAUGUGCAACAUUCUGAUACACGCUGCCGAUGUGAGUAAUCCAUGUCGCCCAUGGACCGUUUUUUAUCAGCAAUCUCGCCUCGUCUGUGUAGAAUUCUUUCGUCAAGGUGAACAGGAGCUCAGCCUCGGCCUGCCCGUCUCGCCCAACAUGGAUCAGAAGAUUGCCAAUCCCUCCAAAAUUAACGUCGGCUUUAUCGAUUUCAUUGUCCAUCCUUACUUUGAGGCACUCUCUGAACUGUAUCCCAAGAGUAUAGAGCUGGUAGACACAUGCACCAAAAAUCGACAGGAAUGGCUCGAUUUAGCAACAGAGACAAUCCAUGAUGUCCAUGGCAUUCCAUCCAUCAAAUCGACAUUGGGGACAUUCCCUCCCCCUGCUACCACCAUGACCAUCGCGGCUGGCACGGUCCAAAUUCCUGAUGCGAUCAUGCAAGAACGAGCCAAACUCUUACUAGCUUUUAAGCGAAGUGUCAGUCUGAAUAGCGUGCCACAGCAGCAACCACAGCGGCUAUUAACACCUCCUUUGAUGCCAGCUAAGCGACGAAAAAGUGAAGAGGUGGCUAGUUUCAGCAUAUUGAGGCAAAUACAUCAUACUCGAUCAUCUUCGAUCUCCAAGAAACGUAGAAAGAGCGAAGAAUUGAAUCUGUACAUGCUAAACCAACCCAAAAUGGUAUCAUUUUUCGAGUGA